CAGUCCCUCAACCAAUGUAUUCAGCCCAUUUUUAAUUCAUGUAAUGACACUAAUUACUUAGUGCAAUGACACUAAUUACUUAGAAAACGCUUAUGACAGUGCUACGCCCGUGCGCGCCCCCAGAGCGCGGGCGGCUCGUUCACAGCGCCCAGAGGCAUGAUGGGAGUUCUGCGCUAGGGAGGGGGCGAGGACUGUGGGCGAGGACCGAGGACAGCGGUUCCCGGCGCCGCCAUCUUUGAUUUGGCAUCCAGUUCUCACAAUACAUCGAUGCUGUGCAGGCGGACCUGCACCUCCCGUCAUUGGUCCAGCGUCCAAACAGACGAUCUGCGGUCACGACCGGGAUCAGGGGCCGUGUACGCCUACUUCCCGGAGAAAGACACGGCUGAGGAGGAUAACGGUUCUGUAUCGGCUGCUGCCGGUGAUGAAGGAGGCAGGUUGUCUCUUCCCUCGGAUGCCGGAUUACCUCUGCCGUUGACGGAUUAGAUCCCUGCCAUGUUUCUGUCACACUUGGAUCUGUGGAGGUCCUACUUGGAGUGUGUCUCCAGACCCUACACGGUGUUCGUCUGCUCCAUCACGGCCGCGCUGUACUAUCUAUGGGGCCGCAAGUGUCAGGCACCUGCUCUGGUUUGUAGUGAGGCUCUCAGUGCAUUCCUCCAGGAACACUGUCCUGCGGUGGCUGAGCGCUUCAGUCCCACCCCGUGGUGCUGGGGAGGUCGCCUUCAAACCCUGGUCUGUUCCGUCCUCAAAUCCAGACCCCACGUCACUUAUCGCAAUGAGCUUCUCCGUACCGAUGACGGUGGUCAGAUUUCGCUGGACUGGGUGGACAAUCAGGCCAGUGCGGCCCACCCAGAAUCCUCCACCCGCCCCACAGUACUGAUCCUGCCAGGCCUGGCGGGGAACAGCAAGCAGCCCUAUGUGCUCCACGCCAUCAGCCAGGCCACCCGCCGUGGCUACAGGUGUGUGGUCUUCAACAACAGGGGGGCUGCAGGGGAAGAGUUGUUGACGCCCGUCACCUAUUGUGCAGCCAACACCUCAGAUCUUGAGCGCGUGGUGGGACAUAUCAAAGGACUCUACCCACAAGCCCCUGUGCUCGGUGCCGGUGUGUCUAUGGGAGGCAUGUUGUUAUUAAACUACCUGGCCCGUAAGCGCACCGAGUCUGGGCUGGUGGCGGGUUUCACCAUCUCCGUCCCCUGGGAUGCCACAAAAUCCUCCGUCUCCAUGGAAGAACCACUCAACUGGCUGCUCUUCAACAAAUAUCUCACGACAAUCCUGUGCGGUCUCAUCACCAGGCACAGGAAGGUUCUGGAGAAAGUAGUGGAUGUGGACCAUGUCCUGACGGCACAAACCGUCCGUGAGUUUGACGAACGCUUCACAUCUUUGGUUUUCGGUUACAAAUCUUGUAUGGACUACUACCAUGAUGCCAGCCCAGACAAAAAACUCCCUAACACUGCAGUACCCAUCUUGUGUCUCAACGCUGCUGAUGACCCCUUCUCUCCCCAAUAUGCUUUCCCACUGACGAUAGUCCAGGGCCUGCCCAAUGUCGCGCUGUUGCUGACGGCCCACGGAGGGCACAUCGCCUUCAUGCAGGGUUUGUUCCCCCGCGGUGAGAACUACAUGGACCGGCUGUUUGGCCAGUUUGUCCAAGCGGUCUUUGAACACCCGAGGGACAUCAACAAGGCCUGCGGAAUCGAGGAGGAGCAGAUGACCUGAUGAUCAUUCGUAUGUACUCUGAGCUGGACUGAAUAAUGGAUUUACUUCCGGCUAUGAAGAAUACAAAAGUUGCUUGCAUUUUAAAAAUGGAAGAGCAUAACAAAAAAGCACUUAUAUACUCCCACAGAAUUUUUGCGUUGCCUUCACAUUUACACUCAAAAUGACCAACUGUAUUGUACAAUCGACAACCUCCAAGGCAACCGAUCUACCUCCCUAUCACCGACGGUCUCUGAAAAUCAAGCUGUGGAAAAUGUAUUUUUAAGUAUUAAAGAAAUGUGGAAACAA